GUUCAAAUUUUCUUAACAAUUUUUUUGGAGGCCUUUUUUAACAGUUUAUGAUCAAAUUGAACGGUUCUUUUUCAAUAAUUAGGUCAGUUGAACAUCGUAUAAAAUUGUUAGUUAAUAUUAUGGGUCGACGCAAGGCUGGUUUUCGCAAAAACCAUUUUUUCAGCCAUCAAAGAAGAAAUAAGGACAAUGGAAAUGCAGCUCCACAAGAAAAAGAGGACCGCAGGCCUUACAAUGACAUCAUAAGAGAAAAUGAAAAGUUCAUACAGUACUACAAGACCCAAAAUGUAUGUAAACCUGAAGAAUUCGACGAAUUUAUAACCGCCCUCAAAUCAGACCUCACGUCUACCUUUAGAAUUACUGGUUCAAAAGGUGUAGCUAAAAAAAUGUUGGCUCUAGUUGAAGGUGAACUGAUAAAGGAGUGCGUGCAGCAGGAAGGUGACGAGAAACCUCCAAACAUGUACCCGCUGCCAUGGUAUCCGAACAAAUUAGCCUGGCAAUUGGAUAUAACCAGAAAAGAUAUUCGCAGGCUCGAAUCUUAUUACAAGCUGCACAACUUUUUGAUUAGUGAAACCGAACACGGCACUAUUUCCAGACAGGAAACUGUUAGCAUGAUUCCACCAUUAGUGUUGGAUAUACAACCGCACCAUAAAAUUCUAGAUAUGUGUGCAGCUCCAGGUUCAAAAACCGCUCAACUCUUGGAAAUGUUGCACCAAAACGAAGAAGUUUCUAUACCUUCUGGUUACGUCAUUGCUAAUGAUGUAGAUAACAAAAGGUGCUACAUGUUGGUGCAUCAAGCGAAACGAUUGAAUUCGCCUUGUGUUGCUGUAAUAAAUCAUGAUAGUGCUAUGUUACCCAAUAUGUAUGAAACUUUGCCUGAUGGAUCUAAGCAACAAAUUCAAUUUGAUAGAAUUCUGUGCGAUGUUCCAUGUUCCGGUGAUGGUACUUUAAGGAAAAAUCCUGAUAUAUGGAUGAAAUGGACUCCUGCUAAUGCUUUAAAUCUACAUGGCAUUCAAUAUAGAAUUUUAAGAAGGGCUGCUGAACUGUUAACUGUGGGAGGUAGAAUAGUUUAUUCAACAUGUUCGAUUAAUCCAGUUGAAAAUGAAGCUGUUAUCCAUAGAAUGUUAUUAGAAGCUAAUGGGGCUCUGGAAUUAGUGGACGUUUCCAAUUCUUUACCUGGAUUAAAGUAUUCACCUGGUAUGGAACAUUGGCUAGUUUCAAGCAGAAAUCUCGAGUUUUAUGAAACUAUUGAAGAAGUUGACGAAAAGUGGAACACAACAAUAAGGCCACAAAUGUUUCCUCCUAAAGAGGCAGACAAAGGAAAAUAUCACUUAAAUAAAUGUAUCAGGAUUUUGCCUCAUCAACAAAACACAGGAGCCUUUUUUGUGGCUGUGCUCAAGAAGGUGGCUCCUUUGACUAAAAAGGAAAAGAAAAAUGAUGCAGUGAUGGAAACUGAUGUUGUAGAAGAGGAAGUAAAUGAUGGAAGCAAAAAAAGGGAUUUUGAUGAACGGUUGCCACAAAAUCAACGUAAACGUAGACGCAAAGACGUCUACAGAGAAGACCCCUACGUGUUUUUCAAGGACGACGAGCCAGUUUGGACCGAUAUUAAAAAUUUCUAUGAAAUUUCUGGCGAUUUUGACCCACAAAAUUUGUUGACCCGAUGCCAGGAAGGUAAAAAGAAGAAUAUUUACCUCACUUCAGGCGCUAUUAGGGAUUUAGUUGUGACCAAUCAGGAUACUAUAAAAUUCAUCAACACUGGCGUUAAGGCUUUCGUAAGGUGUGACAAUAAGAAUAUGAAAUGUGCAUUUAGGAUUGCAAAUGACGGUCUCGAAAGUAUUUAUCCUUACAUAGGAGAUUGCAGGAAAAUGACAAUUUCAAAUGAAGAUUUGAAGGUUUUACUUGCAAAUAAUGAUCCUAAAAACGCACCCGCUAUAGUCAGCCUAUCGCAAGACAUUCAGGAUCAAGUUGAAAAUUUAAGUCCAGGUAGUUGUGUAUUAAUUUACUCUGAAAAAUUAAAAGACAAUGAUCAGGAAAUUCCAAUGAGGAUUUUUAUAAGCGGUUGGAGAGGUACUAAUUCUUUGAGGUGUUAUACCACGCAGCACAGUACUGUACAUUUGCUUCGAUUAUUGGGAGGAGAUAUUUCAAAAUAUGAAAUAAGUAAAUUCAAAAAACCAGAUGAUGAAAAGCCUGAUGAACCAGCAACAGCCAACGUCGUCGAGGAAGAGGAAAAAUAAAUAAGACCAAAAUAAGGUUUUUUUUUUAAUAAUUACAAGUUUUAAAACACAAUGUAGCAUGUUGAUGCAAUUUGAUUAAGGAAAAUAAGUGCAUUAAACAAAAAGCUUACCCAUAUAAGUUUCCAUAAAUCCCCCUUUCAAAUAUUCACAGCCAUAUCUUGACUUUAUUUUAAUAAAAUUCCAAAUACAUACAAUUUUAUUAAUAAAAAGAAAAACACUUCAGUGAUACGACUAGCAAAUUUAAUUUGCUAAUGUGUACACUCUGGUGCAAAAUAAAAGGGCUACCCUAAAUUUUUUUUGCAUUAUUGUGGAAACAGAUUGCUAGUGUAGUGUUGAUUAUGAAAAAUUUAAAAAUGGGUGGCCCAUUUACUCUACCCGAUAGUUUGAUUUUUAAAAAAUGGCCAAAUUUUAUAAUGUGUAAAGGUAACAAAGGACGGAAUAGUUAGAAGAAUAUCAAAACCUUAAACCUUGGAUUAUAUUGAUGAGUGAUUAAGAGAGAGAAUGUGAACUUGUUAAAGGGUGAACUUUCAUCUAUUUAAAAUAUAGUUAACCAGUAUAUAGUAAUUAUCUAUGAAUUUUUCUCAGUAAUACAUAAUCCAAGGCUAGUGUAUUAUGAAAUUUUGUAUUGAGAACGAGAACUAUUAAUUGUUAAGAUAAAUUGAUAAUUUUGAAAUUAUUGAAUACUAAACUUGUAUUGUAACCUGUUUAGGAGUCGAGCUUUUCACCCUGGUAUUUUUUUGACAAAGGUUUAAUCCCAUGAAGUGAUUUUUCCAACAAAGAUCGUUGCUUUCCAAAUUUUUAUGACACAAUGGACACCUUGUAAAUCCUUCUGGUAG